ACUGCUGGCGGUCCGGUUGGAUUUACUGUGGCGUCUGCUGCAGCUGGAAGAGGCGGUCUGCAGCUGCUGGGGCACUGCAGCAGGAGGUCAGCAGCGGGGAAAAUCAGCGGAGCCGCCAGGCACAGAGACAACGUCCGAGCUCCGGGACCCGGGACCCGCCCGCCCUGCUGCAGCCUCCCACAGCUGGAGCUCAGUGACGGGCAGCUGGCACCCAGAUUCUAGGGCUGAGGGAGGAAAGAAACUUCUGGAUGGUCUCCACAGCAACACCCAGCUGGUUACCCCCCCUCCGAAAAUGGCCACCAACUUCAACGACAUCGUCAAGCAGGGCUACGUACGCAUGCGCAGCCGCAAGCUGGGGAUCUAUCGACGUUGCUGGCUGGUGUUCAAGAAGUCAUCGAGCAAAGGACCUCGUCGUCUUGAGAAAUACCCUGAUGAGAAGUCUGCCUACAUCAGAGCCUUCCCUAAGGUGACAGAGAUAAGCAACGUCAAGAAUAUCACACGGUUGCCUCGAGACACCAAGAGACAGGCAGUGGCCAUCGUGUUCACAGACGACACUGCACGCACCUUCACCUGUGAAUCAGAGCUGGAAGCAGAGGACUGGUUUAAGACCCUCUCUAUAGAGUGUCUGGGCACACGGCUCAAUGACAUCAGUAUGGGGGAGCCAGACCUGCUGGCAGCUGGAGUGCAGUGUGAACACACAGAGCGCUUCAACGUGUUCCUCCUCCCCUGCCCCAACCUGGACAUCUACGGGGAGUGCAUGAUGCAGAUCACCCACGAAAACAUCUACCUCUGGGACAUCCACAACCCCCGCACAAAACUGGUCACCUGGCCGCUGUGCUCGCUGCGGCGCUACGGACGGGACGCCACACGCUUCACCUUCGAGGCCGGAAGGAUGUGUGACAGCGGGGAAGGCCUCUACACCUUCCAGACCAGAGAGGGGGAGCAGAUCUACCAGAGGGUCCACUCCUCUACACUGGCUAUAGCAGAGCAGCACAAGAAAGUCCUGCUGGAGAUAGAGAAAAACAGCAGGUUGCUGUCUAUGGGUUCAGAGCCGGGCUCAUACCCCUGCACCCCCACCGCCAUCCUGCCCCGCUCCAUCUACUGGCACCACAUCACUGGAAACCAGACAGGCAUGGACCCUGGCAGUGGCGAUGCUUCAGAGGACGACCUGCUGUCCUCUUGCCUGCCUCCCGACCGCCAUGCCACGCUGCCACUGGCACACACACAUGCACAGUCCCUGCCGCACCUACACACUCACUCCCCGACACACUACCCCACCUACCCUGGACAGUGACAUGCACAGGAAGAUGUGGACACUCCAAAUGAUGCAGACACGAUAGACACACCUAGAUGCAUGCAGGCGCACACCAUUACACACUGAAAGAAACACACUGUUCCUCACAUAUCCGUUUUAUUGUCCUCACCAGAGAUGCUGCUGUGGGACUUACACUAGCUAACAGACAAUGCUGAAAGCAGCGAGUAGAAAUUCAUCAAAAGAUUUGAAAUGACUGAGCUUCCUGACAUGACUGCAGUUCCCACAAUUCCCUGAGUAUGCUUUAAACCGGUGGUUCUCAACUGGUGGGUCGCUACCCAAAAGUGGGUCGCAGAUACGCAGCAAAAUUAAAAAGUUGAGAAAAAAAAAAACGGAAAAAAGUCAAACUUUUAUUUUGAAGGCCAGAAUUUGUAAUGCUGUGCGUGCAGUAGCAAUUGACUGGAAAUGUCGGAAACCAAAAACAGUUCUGAAAACUGCUGUCUCUUAGUGAUCAUCUUCUCAAUAAAACAUCUUUGCUGAUGCUUCUCGAGUCUUGUGGCCAAUCAGAAUCAAGAUUCGGCAUGUUGCUGCAAGUCCCCACAGAGAAUAACUUUGCGGUAGAACUACUCAUCCAUGUCAUUUAACGUUUUUUUUUUUUAUAAUAACGAAAAAAUGUGUAGGCUGUCAUUUUGACCCACAGAACAAUGGGGGCUACCUACCCUUAUCCACAAUUUAAAGUAAUUCACACAGCUUCUCCUCUCUGUUCUUUUCUCUGUGAGGAGCAGCAGCUUCAGCUGUCAGAACAAAGUAACAAAAGAUAAAUGGCAUUAAAUAUUAUUAAAUAUGCCGGGUGAUAAUAGAUGUUUUUUUUAAAAAUUAUUAUUAUUCUCAGAGUGUACCAGAAUGCGUAGUUUACAUGUUAGUAUUUCAAAAAAUCUCAGGGAUUGGGUUUUCAACUCGUCACAUUUUUCACCUUGAAACCUUGAAACUUGAAAUGUGUGGUGAGUUUCCUGUAUUGGCUCUAAGUCUGUCUUUUUAUUUAAUACAAAAAACAUGUGCCUUUUUUAUUUCAUAAAGUUAAAUUCUAAUUCUACAAAAGGUGAUGACCAUCAUCAGUUUACUUUUUUUUUAAGGUAUACUUUAGUUCUGUAAAGGGAUAUAACCUACGAAUAUAUAUAUAUAUAUUAUAUAGUCGAACAGGUAAUUCAUGCCAGCAUUAGAAAUUCCGGCUUUCAAAAUAAUAGUAUAUAUUCAAAACUUUGGGUCGUGAUUUGUUGAUGAAGGAAAAAGUGGGUGCUGAGGCUUGACCAGUUGAGAACCAUUGCUUUAUUAUUUAUUGCCCAACCAGGUUUAAGUGUUUCCACCUGUUUCAAAAGUCACCCGUAAAUGCGGGGGAAAGUCUUAACGAGCAAUUAGCAAGAUUUUUCUGUUACUGAAUUUAUACUACACGUUCAAAUUAUUUAAAUAGCAAAUUGGCUUCAGUGUGAAGUGAAAAAACAUGACACUCUUGUAAAUUACAAUUUAUCUUAUGAGUGUAUAACAUAAGGACAUUUUAAUGAGAGAAGUAUAUAUAGAUUAGUCCCAAUAACAAGGAAAAUGGAAACUUUCUAUUUAAAUCUAAGUAAUUAUCACAAAUGUAUAACUUAUUAUUGGAAAACUAACACACUAAAGUUUGGAGAAUAUGCGUCAGUUACUAUGAGUGAAACCUAGUGCAACACAAGGAACGACUAAAAGUGUGCAUCAGCUCUAGAGUUUGUAUGAUUGACAGCGUCAAGACUUCAAGAAAGAGUUUUUCGGCCCGCCCCCGCAUAUGGCCAUGUGGAACAGAUAUAAACACUUAUUUGAUAACACAUCUCAGAUCAUUUUAGGCAUAUUAAAGCUUUUACAAACAAACCUACAGUUACUUGUUCCUAAGCUAUAUGGAUAGAUUUUUGGAUAGAUACAUUUUUUAUAUGGGUGGGGACAGUAAAGUAGACAUGCUGUUAUCUGAUGUUGUAGCAUAAGUUUCUCAUCCCAGGAGUGACACAUUUCCCAAAAGGCUGCCAUGGGGUUAACGUCGACAGGGCCUGUGUGUGACAUUGUACACUACGUGGUACGGGACUGCAUGGUGCCUUAACAGCACCACAUUGACUGUGCUAUCCCUGGAAAUACAUUGACUUCUAGGAUUCUCUUGGUGAAAGUUCCUAGUGUGCCAGCUGACAUAUGGUCUGAAGAAAUCUUGAUCAUUUCACUGUCCACGUCUGGAUCAAUGCCUUUGAUUUUGCUGAUAACUGAAGUGAAUUUACAGUUCCUGGAUAUGUUUUGCUUUGCUGAGGUUCUGAACCUUGGAAUGAAACUGUGAUGAUACUUUUUUUAUUGAUUGGCUCGUGUUCUCAACUGGAUAUUCAAUUUAAGAGCCUCAGAUGUUCACUGGGGUGUGUCCCAGUACUUGCUUCUGUUUAGCUAUAUUUGCACAACCCUUUUUCUUUCUUAGGUUAUUCAAGUGUUAAGACAUGAAGAGGGACUAAUAUUGUCGAGGGCAAUGGAGAGGGAUUUUUGAAAGCCUGUACUGAUGAUGCAUUUGGAUUGGACCUGCCAAUAACUGAUAUUCAGUUACUUAACUUAUGAUCCCGUGAAUAACAGAUAACAUUUUUUUAUAUGUAUUUAUUAUUCAAGCUACAAAACACUAAACCCUGAAAUAGAAAAAACCUCUGCUAAAUCACAGGAGAAGAAUAGAAAAACAUGUUAAAACAUGGGCAUUCACAGAGUCUCUGAAAUGAUCCCGGUGCAACACCAGAGCACAACUUGAAAAGAGUUUGCCUAAAUCAUAUGUCCCAUUGGUCUACAAACACAUGAUUACAUUUUCCUUUCUCCCAGAAGUGACGCCAGAGCAGUACAUGAGCAUUUGAAAGAAAUAUCUGAGCCACCCUGAAGGGCACAUGUACCCUAUGAUGUGACCAUAAAAAAGCUGAUUUGUACCAGCACCAAACCAUUGUUCUCACCAGGUUUAUAUUAAAAGACCUAUGAACACAGCAACAUUGCUUAUAAGAUUGUUGAGCAAGAAACUCAAAAAGACAUAUGGUCAGGAGGCGCAACAACCCCCCCAGGUUAAAAAAUGAAAAGGCUCAGUAAAGGUUUUGGUUGAAAGCUGCCUGACCCAAACCUGUCGCUCUGAGCUUUGGGUUGGUUUGUGUCCUAGGGCAGGUAUUCUCAUAUUUGGUUGUUUCAGUGGUAUACAUUCAUGAGUGUCACACAUUGCAGAGGGGGGAGAUUGGUUCACACCUAUGCAGCUAUAUCAGGGUUAAAAGUUUUGAUCAUUCAAAAAUAUAAUUUAUUUGAGAGUUCAAGCUUUUGUCCUGAACUUUGAAAAAUACAAUGAUGUAUUCAAACUAAAAAUAACAAUUUGAAAUCUUAUUUCAGGUCGAACAUUAUUUCUGAUUCAGUUCAGAAAUUUGUUUUAAUUGUUAAUUUUUUUCACAUUUCACUUUUAUACAUAUUUUGAUAUUUUAAUCAGUUUCAGUUGCAGAAUAGAAAUUGAUUUAUAUUUCUCAUGGUACCUAACAUCCAUGAAGGCACCAUAACAGAGAGAGGUCACUAAGCUACUGUGUGGUAAGCCCCGCCCCCCAAGCAACAUCAGUACUACAAGACUGAAAGCAGAAAAAAAAGAUCUGAAAGCAAAAAGUGAUCUAAAAGUGAAAUAAAUGGGAACCUGAACAAACAAGAUGUUAAACUGAAAAUAGAAUUGUUUUGAAUCUGAAAACGUAAAAUCUGUAUGUGGAAAAAAAAAAAACGAUUCAAAUAUCAAAACAUGUAUUAAAGUGAAAGUUUUUUGAAGGAAUUGCUGAACUGAAUUCAACCUGAAAAAAGAUUUAAAAUAAUUGUUUUUAAUAUGAAUAAAUCAUUGUAUUUUUCAGGAUAAAAACUUGAAAAUUCAAAUAAAUUGCUUUUUUUUUUAAAUGAUCAAAACUGUACCCUAAUAUAGCUCCAUGCACACCUGGCAUUAACAUCCAAUCAUAAGUGGAGGGAUGUGAGUACAGGUGUUAAUGCACCCAGGGUGCAUCGAGAUCAUAGCUUCAGGUCCUGGGUUGGGAUGGAUCUCAUAUUUGAUAAGCAGUAUGUUACCAGGUCUUAGGCCCCAGCCCUACUACAGCUGUGUGCAACAAUCAGGUGGCCUUAUUUUUCGGUUCCGAACCAGUGGUUGGGAUAAUCUGGUUAAAGGGUUGGCUUGUUAAAAACCUGCUUGAUCCUCUAAAUGUAAGGUGUAUUAGCCCUGUUGCCAUGUUCCCACGUCUCAUGAAUGCUUUAAGUUAAGUCAACAUAAAUAGUUAAACAUUCCCAAAAUAAUGAAAUGAACAGCCAGAUGUUAAAAAACUUGAAUUGUUCUUCAAUAGAGUCAUCAUUCACAAGGGCAUUGCAACAUAAAGGAUUAUUAGUGUUGUUUUUUAUCCGGUCUCACCGUUGGUACCUUAACGUUCCCUCCUGCUUACCGUGGAGCUGUCUGUGUGCCUGUCUGAAGGAGACGGUCGCACAGAGGAAACAUCGUGUGUGGCUGCUUGACUUUAUACUGCCUUUGUAUAACGAUAGUUAUUUAAUAUGACUUAGCUUUUCCUUUUGUUUCACUGUAGGGAUGAGGUAUGGUGGGAGGUAGAUGAUUAUGACGGGCUGAGUGAAAAAUAAAGGUUGGAUAAUGUUUUUCUCAACCGCUGGCUCAUUUUGGAGUUAUCCUUUGACUGAUGCCUUUUGAUUCUGUCACAAGGGUUUAAGACUGUAAAUAUGACAGUGGAGAUUCUACCACAGCAAUGUGACGUCUGGGAACACACAGCUUUACACCCCUGUGUGAAAUGCCUCUAUCUGGAUUGUGUCUAGAUGUGUUAAUGCUGGAAUCCUCUACUUUUCAUGUGUGUUUCAGUUACUUUAAACAGGACAGGGCUAAGCAUUGUGUUGGUUGUUUACAUUAUGUUAGUUCCGUAUUGUGUGUAGAAGUGUUUUGUGUACUUGCAUACUGUAUGACUUGAGUUUUGUAUAUAUUGCUAUUUAUUUCGCAUGAGUUAUGUGUGAGUGUGUGUGUGUGUGAAACAGAGAGAGAGAGAAAGAAAGGGUGACAAGAGGGAUUAUUGGAAUGUGUUCAAAGUGCAGACUGAAAGAAACUAUCCAACAGAGAGGGGUUUCAUUAAAACAGCUAAACAAACUGA